AUGGUAAUGGCUAGUGUCAUACAGAAGAUCAUACCUCACUAUUCUCUUGCUCGUUGGCUUCUCUGUAGUGGCAGUUUGCGGUGGUAUCAGCAUCCUACUGAAGAAGAACUAAGGAUUCUUGCAGGGAAACAAAGAGGAAAGAGCAAAAAAGAUAGAAAAUACAAUGGUCAUAUUGAAAGUAAACCCCUAACCAUUCCGAGAGAUAUUGACCUUCAUCUGGAAACAAAAUCUGUGACUGAAAGGGACACUAUUGCAUUGCAUUAUUUUCCGGAAUAUCAGUGGUUGGUGGAUUUCACUGUUGCAGCCACAAUUGUGUAUGUGGUGACAGAAGCCUACUACAGCAUUGUGAAACCCUCACAGGAGAUGAAUAUCAGUGUAGUGUGGUGUCUGCUUGUCCUGGCUUUUGCAGUUAAGGUACUGUUUUCGUUGACUACCCAUUAUUUCAAAGUAGAGGAUGGAGGUGAAAGAUCAGUCUGUGUCACCUUUGGUUUUUUCUUCUUCGUGAAAGCAAUGGCAAUUCUCAUUGUGACAGAAAACUAUCUAGAGUUUGGCCUGGAAUCAGGAUUCUCGAAUUUCUCAGAAAGUGCUAUGCAGUUCCUUGAAAAGCAAGGUUUGGAAUCCCAGGGUCCUGUGUCUAAACUAACCUUCAAAUUGUUCCUGGCUGUUCUGUGUUCACUUAUUGGUGCUUUUUUGACAUUCCCUGGCUUGCGACUGGCUCAAAUGCAUCUGGAUGCUCUGAAUUUAGCAACAGAAAAAAUAACACAAACAUUACUACAUAUAAACUUCUUGGCACCAUUAUUUAUGGUUCUACUGUGGGUAAAACCAAUCACUAAGGACUACAUUAUGAACCCACCUUUGGGCAAAGAGAGCGUUCCUUUAAUGUCUGAAGAUACAUUUGACACCAUGAGGUUAUGGAUUAUUAUCCUGUUGUGUGCUUUACGUUUGGCUAUGAUGCGUCGUCAUUUACAGGCCUAUCUGAAUUUAGCCCAGAAAAGUGUGGAUCAGAUGAAAAAGGAAGCUGGCAGAAUAAGUAUGGUUGAUUUGCAGAAAAUGGUGGCUCGAGUAUUCUAUUAUCUUUGUGUAAUUGCACUGCAGUAUGUUGCACCAUUGGUAAUGCUCCUUCACACAACUCUGCUCUUGAAAACACUAGGUAAUUAUUCUUGGGGCGUCUACCCGGAAUUGAAUUCUGACACUCCAGUGGAAAACAGUCUGCUCCCCAGUUCAGUUUAUACUGAGUGUCCACCUGCUGAUGGAAAGAUGAAAGUAACUGUAGUACAAAUAACAAUGGCUUUGGGAAGCCUAAAGAAUAUUUUCACUCCUCUUCUGUUCCGGGGACUCCUGUCUUUCCUCACCUGGUGGAUUGCUGCUUGCCUCUUCUCUACAAGCCUUUUUGGGCUUUUCUAUCACCAGUACCUGACGGUGGCAUGA